GAUAAGGUUUCCCUCACGCCGCCGCCGCUCGGCAGAGAGAAAAGAACCAGGAACGGGUCGGGCGCCUCGUCCAUGCAUCCCAAGAUGGAGACUACGUUCUACGACGACUCCCUCAACGCGUUCCCCGCGAACGACGCCGCCGGCUUCGGAUACAACGGCCCCGACAGCAAGGUGCUGAAGCGCAGCAUGACGCUGCACCUCGGCGACCCGAGCGGCGCGCACAAGGUCCUGCGCGCCCGAGCCGCAGACCUGCUCACCUCCCCGGACGUGGGCCUCCUCAAGCUGGCCUCCCCGGAGCUGGAGCGGCUCAUCAUCCAGUCCGGAAACGGGCUCAUCACCACCACGCCGACCCCGACCCAGUUCGUGUGUCCCAAGAACGUCACGGACGAGCAGGAGGGCUUCGCCGAGGGGUUCGUCCGCGCCCUGGCGGAGCUCCACCACCAGCACACGCCGGGCACCGCGCCGGCGGCCCCGCAGCCCGGCGGCGCGGUGCCGGUUCCGUCCGUUUACUGCAGCAGCGGAGCAGCAGACUCGCCGGUUUACGAGGACUUGAACUCUUUCCACCCGGCCCUCAGCACGGUGUCGGCACCGGGAUACAGCGCCUCGGCUCCGGCCAUAUCGUUCCCCGUUGCCCCGCCGCAGCCGCCCGUCUACGGACACGCCUCGCGGCUCGCGGCGCUCAAAGAGGAGCCGCAAACCGUGCCGGAGAUGCCGGGGGAGACGCCGCCUCUCUCUCCCAUCAACAUGGAGAACCAGGAGCGCAUCAAGGCCGAGAGGAAGCGCAUGAGGAACCGCGUUGCCGCGUCCAAGUGUCGGAAGAGGAAGCUGGAGCGCAUCUCCAGGCUGGAGGACAAAGUCAAGAAUCUCAAGUCCCAAAACUCUGAGCUCGCGUCCACCGCCAACACGCUGCGCGAGCAGGUGUCCCAGCUGAAGCAGAAGGUGAUGAACCACGUGAACAGCGGCUGUCAGCUGAUGUUAACGCAGCAGCUGCAGACCUUCUGAGGUCUUCACCAGAGAACGAGAUGAACGAAACGGACGCAGCCCGUCUCUCUGCGCGCGGCCGGCCCUCCGAACGUCGCGGUGCGGGACGAUGCGGUACCACGCGUUCUCCGGUUGCGGGGGGGGGGGCUCAUCUGCUACGUGCUGUAUUUAUAUUUUACUACAGAACUUUUUUUUUUACCAUCAAAAGGAUUCAGACCCCCCCUCCCCCCCCCCCCAGGGGGCGCGGACCAGUACAGUGUGUACUUUUCUUUCUUAAUUGUAAGAAAUUCAAUUAGAAAAGCUUCUAGUGGGACUUUUUCUAAAGUUGUUUUAAUGGGGUUUCACUCAUUGCUUUAUGUAAAUAAGAUCCAAUCUGAGUACUUAUGUUUACCAAUGUUUACCAUUUGUAAAAAGAAUACUGCGUUAAGUGCUUUGUUUUCUGAUCGCAUCAGAAUUGGCGGAAAUAAACAAUGUGACAAAUGG